AUGGCUGCAAUGAAUGUAAGUGUUCGUCUAGCAGUGAAGACGGAUUUGUCUGCAGUUUGGGAAAUGUCAGAAGACAUUCAUGCCGGGCUCGACACUCUUCCACACAGUUUCCUUCAGAUGUUAGAUGACCCUCAACACACAGUUCUAGUCGCAGUGAAGGAUGGCAAAGCCGUUGGCUUAAGAGCAGUAUUGAUCGUCGACGAUGGUGAAACAGCGAUCUUUAGAGGGCUGCGCGUUCAUAUGGCUUAUCGUGGCCGAGGUAUUGCAAAAGAAUUGAUGAAAGUAAGCGAAGGAUACGUUAAACAGCAUUUUCCUCGUGUGCAAGUUAUCAGAUAUUCAGUGACCAGUCAAAACAAAAGCCGAUUGGCCUUGCAGAUGAAAUGCAACGAUCGUAUGAUACUUAAAUUAGCUCUCUGUGCUUGUGUUGUCGAACCAAGCCGUAAAACAGAUUCUGUUCUUCAGCGGUAUUCAACUGCUACUAGCUCUACUAGAGCUAAAGAAUUGAACAUAAACAACAUAAAUAUUUUUCUCAAACAAAAUAAAUUGGAUGACGUUCUAUUCAACAGUAGUUUCUUUGUGAACUUCGUCUCCUUUAGAGCUAUUGAAUCAAACAUCAGUAAUGGUUUAAUCGACGACAAACAUAACUUUUUUGCUUCAAGUACUGACAAUACAGUGGAAUCGCUUAGUCAAAGCUGUCGAAUUGUUGCUGUGAAAUUUCCAAAGUGGUGUGUUACAUUAUAUAAAAUGGAUGAAAAUUUACUUGAAAUUCACCUAAUUAAGCAUCUUAAAAAAGCUAUUCUACGGGAUUCCGAGGAAAAAUUUGCAUUUAUUUGUGUCUUUCAUGUGUCGCUGGUAAAACAUGUCUCCAAAUUUCUGUUGCAUGAAUUAGCAUUGAAGAACAUCGAUGAUUUUUGCAGCGAAGGUAAUUUGUUUGUCUCAGUGUUUGAGAAAGAUCUUUAA